GUGCGUUCAAGGUCGUUGUGGGGGAAGGAGGUAAUUUGAAUCCUGGGCUGAUUUUAAUCUGUGAAAUGGAGCCUUCAUACAGGAAGAACUGUGUAGUUAUCGAUGACGACUUUCCUGGGUAUUCCGAGAAGUGUUUUAACUUGGCUAGCAAGUAUGAACAAUACAUAGAGAGCAUAAUAGUACCUAACGGUAUGAUCAAGGACAGGCUCGAAAGAAUGUCAAUCGAUAUUUUAGAAACUUUUGAGUUGCUUAAUGCAACUGCUAUAAAUCUCUUGUGCGUUCUUAAAGGCGGGUUCAAGUUUGCAUCCGAUCUAAGUGAAAAAAUACAUAACAGCGCAGUUACACGAAGUAAAAAUAUACCCAUCUUCAUGGACUUCAUCGUUUCCAACACAUACGAAAAUGAUGUCGUAUGUCACGAACCUCAAUUUCAUACUUACACUAACUUGACAUCAUUUAAAAACAAGGAUGUUCUCAUAGUUGAAGAUUUGCUUGACUCAGGCACUACUCUCAGCAGUCUGGUUCCUUAUAUUAAAUCUUUUGAACCUCGUUCUGUUCUUGUUGCUUGAUUAAACAAAUCCAAACAGGUCACAUAUCGCUGCGAAACCAAUCAAAUAAUACUGCCACAAGGACAAGUGAAAAACGAAAGCUUAGACAGGCUAUUAUGAUUUGUUGGUGAAAAGAAGACAAGAUUUUUCCGAGUUCCAACCAGAUUGUAAGUUUAGUUUUAACACGAUUGUUUUAUAUUGAAUACCAGCUCACUUGUUAUGUCCUCAUAGUUUUUUUUGAUAGAUAGGGAAUAUAUCCAUCAUCUGUUUCUUUCAAUAUCUUACAAUAUAUACUUCGCUUGACUCUGGAGAAAGCUAAAGAAGAAUUUUUAAAUAAUAUCACACACCUGUAAAAGAUUACCACUAAUUUGGGCGAAUGUCAGGCGCUUUAACCGGGUUGGUGGACAUGGAGAGUCCACCUAGGGGAGUUGAAAAACCCUGAUUCCAAACCAAUGGUGCACAUGGGCUCCAGUAUCCUGAAUGAACAAAUGGCGUAUGAACCAAUCUUUGGUCACCGGCUACCAUGGGACUGCAUCUCCUUACGUUGCUCCACUGCCUUGUGGAUCAGACCUUCAUGUCGAAGGCUCUGGGUGUGGCCCCUUAAGAAAACCACCUGCUUCGGUUUGGGCACCUGAGUAGUAUCACAGCCCUCAUACAUAUCAAAUGAAAUCUGUGUGGCGCAUAUGUAUUUGGUGCCUUUUUGUACCAAUAUCUAUGUGUUAAAAUAAAUAAAUAAAUACUUAUUUGGGCUAUAACUUCAUCGUAACUCUUCUACACUUCGUCUUCGUACUAUCCUGAGUAUGAUGUUAGCUAGUGUAUAAAUCAGUUUUGGUCCUUUCCUACAUAUCUCAGUCGUUGGUUACUUCAGAUGGAAGUUAAGGUUCUGUAGUCCUGUUAGAUUAUUGGUCUAAUCAAGGAUUUGUCGAUUAUGUUUUAAUUACUUGCUAGCUCCUGGGACUUGGAUGUUAUAUUGUAUCGUGUUAUCUUAAUUCACUAUAUUAUCUCUAAUCAAGCUGCCAAAGUAACUUAAAUACAUGUAGAAAAUUCUCAUUGAGGGUGAAAACUAACUAGUGCUAUCUACUAGUGACUGUUUCUUUUGAACCCUGUAUACCAUAAGUGUUUCACGAAUUAUUCUUCCUCCUGCAAAUCCUGUAGUCGACCUUGAGACUGUGCAAUUGUUACAGUUUUGUCAAGGAGAAAGUAGUAAGAUACAGGACCCUAUCAAUACUAUAAGCAAAAUUCCCAAGAGAUGGAUUUGGUAUCCACCAAAAGGUAACUGUUCCUCAGAGUAGUUCUGGACCGAUAUUUAACUUAAAGAGAGAGAAUGCGAUGACUAAGUGCAUUCAUCGCUUUACUUAAAUAAGUAGGAACUGGACUGGACUCUAACAAAAGUUUAGCUCCAUACAAUAAAAAUAGUUCAUUUUUAAAAACCACAAUGAAUAGAAAAACUGAGUGUGAAUUUUAGAGAUUUCGUAACUUAGUGCAAGUCUCUACUUCAAAGAAUAUGGUAUUUACAAAGUCUGCCAAUCUACAUGAUCUAUGUCGUACUGGUUUUCAGUGGGUAAUUUAUUGUACUGGAGUUCUUCCUGUAUUAUAUGACGGUGAGGUACUAGUUAUUAAUAGAUAUGCGUAGAUUUAAUGGAUUGAACCUUAAUUAUUUUAGAAGCAUUGUUUAGGUGCAGUAAAGCUACUAAAUGAGCGUUACUCUGACUAUUCACAACGUUUUAACACAGAGGAAAUGUUGUUCAGUGAAGUGGAAGGCUUGGUUUAUUUGAAACAGCUGGGUCACUUGUUACACUAGAUAAACUACCAUUCACUGCUACGUGUAAUGCUAGUUAGAUUAGAAGUAGUUCAUAAAGACAGUGACUGAUGAAAUCCAAGUAGAUUCCUAGUGUGUUCUGAUUCCAGCGAUGUCUAAGUUGUAGAUAUUUUAAGUGAUGUCAUCCUAAGUGCCAAUAUUUAAGUUAUUUAAGAUUUCAAAGGACUUGAAAUCAGUCACAAUAACGUACACGGGUUUAUAUUAUUUCCCUUACUUUCCAGAACUUAAACUUAUCCCUUGUAGGAUUUAGUUUGUCCUACAGAUAUUCUGCUAGAAUUGUAAACGAACACACCGGCCAGUAUUGGCAGGUUACAUGCAAUAGGGAUAGUCUACAGACACAUCAGACCAGAUUGACGUGGUGGGCGCUUAAACAACGAUUCGAUUGGUUAGUUAUGGACAUAACUAACGUCCCUUUCAAUCUUUUUUGUCCAUUAAUAAUUAUCAUUCUUGUUCGCUUUCAGUAUCUUCCUCCUCUUAUUGAUUUUCCGUUUGCCCUGUUGUGAAAUGGGAACACUUAGAUUAAUACACAUUUUCGUGCUAAUAUUCAUCAUAUCAUUUAUAUCUGGUAUUGUUACGCUUUCUUUGUAAAAUAGUUCAGGAAAUUUUACUGACGAUCAUAUACUCUACCAGAUAUUGCCUUAAACAAUGCUUACUUAAUUGUUACCCUGUAUAUCACAACCAAGUUGGAAUAUAUAAAGUACAAUUCAUUUUAUUUUAGAUGAUCCGCUGGUUUAUGUAAGUUGGUUGAUAAAGACAUCAUAAAAUGGGAAAGUAGACGGAUUUUAUGCGUUUAGAUCAAUCCAUAUUUGUUUCUAAUUGUUACUGACUUUCUUCCAUAGCGUAUUGUUAUUUGAACUUAAACAAAGACUAACUGAUAUGUGACAUGACGUAAGAAAGAAGUCAAAGACUAUGAAUAAAUAUUCAAUAUGCGUAAAAAAUGGAUAAAAAAGACUUCUGAAUACAUUGAUUUUUAUACGAUUUAUUCACCCACUGAUCUAUAGUCAAAUUUUUCAAUAAUUGGAACUGGAUAGUACUGGACACUAAUUAAUUAGUAUAUGUAUACACAUAAUUUAUAAAUUCACAAAACUAAACUGUUAUCAUUAACUUACUUACGCCUAUCACUCCCAGUGGAUCAUAGACCGCCGACCAGCAUUCUCCAACCCACUCUGUCCUGGGCCUUCCUUCCUAGUACUAUCCAAUUUUUGUUCAUUCUUCUCAUGUCUGUCUCCAUUUUUCGGCAUAAUGUGUUCUUUGAUCUUUCUCUUCUCCUUUGGCCUUAAGGAUUCCAAGUGAGGGCUUUCCUUGUGACGCAGUUGGGUGCUUUUUUCACUAUGUGUCCUAUUCACUUCCAGCGCUUCUUGAUUUCUUCCUUCACUGCAAUCUGAUUUGUUCUCUCCCACAGUAUGUUAUCAUCAACACAUAAAAGUAAUUUUCUGACUAAUAAUAUCUGCACCUUCAUAAUAAGUUUCAAUAUUUCAGUUUUCAUCUAUUGUUAAAUUUCAGCUUUUGUUUAACAUUUUUAACGUAAUCUGCCUAACUGAUGAUAAUUCCAAAAGUUAGUUUAAACUAAGUAAAUACAGGUUUUUAGUCCUUACAAUAAUGAUGUGUACUUAUGGAUUAAAUUACUGAUAUUCAGUUCGGUUCUAAAUUCAAGUAAACGUAAACUAAUUAAUGAAUAAUUAUCUGUAAGUUUAAUUUGUGAUCUAACUGUAGAUGUCAUAGUUUAUGAGGUGUCUUCACCCUAUAGUCCCUUAGUAUAAUUCUCUUAUGUGUCUUUAAUUUCGCCACGGUGACUGAAAUACUUGGUAUUGUUUGUAAUAUGAUUGUUCAUUAAACCCAUUAUUUGGUUAUAAACAAUAAAAGUCAUUUAGCUUAUUUUCAUGCUAUCAGUCGAAUCACUUUCAUACAAUAUGCAUGCUAUGGAUUGUAAUAUAACAAAUCCACUCUUAUUCAUUGAAUUCCAUUGUGUAUGUAGCAUCUUUGGAUUAGAAAGACUUCGUUGAAUAGAUUCAACCGACCUAAUGAUAGCUUUUUUUCCCAUCGUUUUUCUGUAGUUGUUGGUUUUGAAGUUCCAAAUCGGUUCAUUGUUGGAUAUGCUAUCGACUACAAUGAUUUUUUUCGGGAUAUACCACAUAUAUGUUCAAUCAAUGAUGAAGCAAAGAAAAUAUUUGCCAUAUCCAAAUCAGAUAAAUAUGCUAAAUAAAGAUUAUUGAAACAAAGUACACAAUUUGGAAGUUUGCUCUUUUUUUUUAUCUCUUACUUACUACAGUAUUUCCAAUAUAGUUCAACUUUAUUUAGAUACGAGUUGGAGAUUUCUAAAUAGAUUGACUCUAUUUUAUCCACUUAUUCCCUUGUAUACUGUUAGAUUAUUAUUUUUUUCGAAAGAGAUCACUUAUUUUUAUUAUUUUUUUUGUCUCUUAAGUUAUGUAUAUGUAGUAAAAAGCAAAGUGGUUUAAAUAACUGUAAACUUAUAUUAUUGUACAGUAUGCUCAGACACUAUUCAUUUUUGCAAAUGUUAGUUGUGUUUAUGUUUCUAUUUUUUUUAUUGGUUCGUAAAAUAGGUUAGGUUUAUUAGAGUUAUUUGUAGG